AUCAGUUAUCCGUUUCAUGAUAGUGAGUCGGUUGAGUUGGUUUGAGUAAAAUGGCGGUCGUAGGAACACGGUUAUUCUCUCCGGAUGGACAAUAUUAUGCUUUUUGUGGUGUUAAUGGCAGUUUGAAGAUUUGGGACACCGCGACCAGUCGAUUUAAGCAUGAACACACGCAUAAUCAACAUCUCGCGACACCGUGCGGCGUCUUAGAAUGGAUGUCCGUGAGUUCGCAGUCGGCGGAACACACGUGGCAAUUACCACGGAAACGACGCAGAAGAAAGUCAAAUUCGGAGGAUGCAGAUCACAAAAUAGUGGCCAUAGGAACGUCGGUCGGCGAAAUUGCAUUGUACAACUUGUCAUCGACGCAUACAACUACGCUGAAGAACGACGGUGGCGUAGCUUGUACGGCGUUAACAUGGUCGGCCCGCACUGGCCUAAUCGCAGCCUUAGACGACUGUCAUCUGGUGCAAUGGAAUGGCCAACCGAAUGGCAUCAAGUGCAAGUGGAAAUCGGACGAUGAAAAAGUCACGGCACUGGCGGUUCUAGAAGACGGGAAGUCUUUGUUGACCGCGGGACAGUAUGGAGCAGUCAAGUGGUGGGACUUGGCGACAAAACAGUUGAUUCGUGCAUUUACUGGACAUACCCACCAAGUCACCUUUCUUCGUCCUGUUAAAAUAGAUCAUGAAACUAACUAUCUGGUCAGCAGUGCCUGUAUGGAAAACUAUCUUGGUAUAUGGUUGUUGGACAAGCACAAAAAUGACAAGACAGCGACAGUAUGGUUGUGCAAAAAAGGAGAGACUACGUCCAUAUCGACGUUAGUCACGGAGAAUUCGCAAAUCGUCGUGUUAGCCACUACAGACUUGGGUAAAGCGUUACUAUACAAGUAUCAACCGAACGGUCGUACGAAACCAUUGCAACCGACUCUCAGUAUCGAAAUUGUCUUGGACGUUAAGCAGAAAGAAGUCACGCAGAAGAUCCCUAUCGUAGCGGGUCAUUUGACUGAUGACGAGAAGGUACUGUUGGUGUAUGAUAACGACAUUAGUUUGACGUUCGAGAAGAUUGUACCAGACUUCUCCAACAAAGAACAACGUUUGAUCAGAACGGGCGUGAGGAACCCGAAAGAGAAGACGCAAAUAGAGUCUAGUAAAGUGAUGCCUACGAGGGAGGAUGAAAACGUCAAGUACUAUGGAUCAGGAACGGGAGUCUCAGCAACAAAGAGAGUCAGGACAAUGUCAGGCGGUUCGCAGUUACUACUGAAGGAUCGAUUAGAGAAUCUUAGCUUGAAUGCGGAUGCGAAUACGCCAGGUAGAUCACCGACGAAAGGAGCAAACAUGGCGCAAUUGUUGAUACAGGGAUUAAACUCCAAAGACAAAAAUAUCCUGACCACGGUGUUGUUUACGAAAAACGAAACCAUGAUUCGCAAUACUGUCGCAAAAUUGCCGGCGCAGGCGAUAAUACCGUUGCUCAAAGAGUUAAUCGUCAUGUUGCAAGGCAAAACAUAUGCAUGCAAAGUCGCGGUAAAGUGGCUGCAAAUCUUGAUCACGAAUUACGGAGCGCAUCUGUUGUCGCGAUCGGACAGGGCGCAGAUGCUUAGUCCUUUUCUGAGUUUCAUCGACGACAAGUUGAAUCUUUUCACACAGGUACAAAGAUUAAAAGGCAGGGUAUCCCUUGUGACGGGUUUGAUAUCGCAGACCAAUGAGGAACACGACAAGUACAUAACUCAGGAGGCUUUGCUUGUUUAUCGGGAUCAAGAUUCAUCGGAUGAAGCUCUCGAUGUAGACGACGUUAACUCUAGCAGCGAAUCUGAUGAUAAUUGGGAGGAGAUGUCGCAGCAGAAUGAGGAAAAUGAGCAGGACGAAGAGGAUAUUAAAAAUAUUGAGUCCGACAAUGAUCACAGCGCGGACGACAGCGCGGACAACAACGACGACAACGACGACAAUGUCGACGAAGAAGAAGACGAUAAUGCUAUGAGUACAUAGAGUCGUCGUCAUGUCGCGUCAAAAUUUCAUACUACAUAUGUAUAAAAAAUGUAUGAGUUUCUACAUGACGUUCGCUAUUUUAUUUACAUCAUGCGAGAACAGAGUUGGUCGUCUAAUCUUAAUAGCGUUACUGUCUGUAGUAACAAAAUACUUUUCAGAAAUAUUUCAAAAAUGUUAUAAGGCGUACACUUCUAAAGCGGAAUGAUGACAUUUUUGGUACAACGCGGAAACUCCACGGACACUUCCGUAGUACUUUUCAAAUAGUCAAUUGUGUUGAUUAUACACGUGUUAAAUAUCAAGCCGCACAUGUUUUGUGCAGUCUCUCAACUUAUCACUGAACAUUUUAUUUUGUACUUUUGUUUUCAAUCAAGGACUCUAAUAGUUGAAUUUGAAGUUAUGCCUUAAGAUGGUUUUAUAUAAUUUAUUCUAAUAAAACUACAGAAACUUCGCA